AUGAUAUUACUAUUAAAUAUACUGAAAUUUCUUAUAGGAAAAUGCACAAAUAAAUACAUAAAGGUAAUUAAAAAUAUAUGUGUAAAUAAUAUUAAGAAUUAUAUUUUUGAAGAAAUUGAAUUUAAUCAAUUUUCUUUUAAUUGUUAUGACCAUUUAAAUAAUUCAGAAAAUAACAGUAAAGAAGAUAAUCAUGAUAAUAAUGGCAAUUUUAAUAAUUCAAAAGAAAAGAUAAAAGAUUAUAUAGUGUAUUUAAGUUCAUUAAAAAAAAAAAAAAAUGAUUUAUUACUUAAUAUAUGUUAUAUAGGAAAAUUAGAAAUUGAUUGGAAUAAUCAUUUUGACAAUGGAUUAAAUGUAAAUGUUGAAAAUAUUUAUAUAAAUAUAAAAUUAGAUGAAAAAAAAAUAUAUUUGAAUAAUUAUAAUUAUGUAAUGAUAAAAAAUAAUGCAAAAGAAUUAAAUAAUGAAGAAAAUAAUGAGAUAAUAAAAAAUAAUUUUUUUUUUACUACCUUUUUUUUUAUAAUUUUACAUAUGGGAAUUAUAAAAAAAAAAAUAUACAAAACAGUUGAUAUCUUGUUUAAGUAUUUUCUCUAUAUUCUUACAAAAUCGAAUAUUUCUCAUUUUUUUAAAAAGAUAUUUUUUAAGUAUUUUUUAAAACAUAUUUUUUGUAUUGAUAUAAAUAAUAUUAAUAUAAUUUUUGAAGAUAACAUAUUAGACAACCAGAAAAAUAUAUAUUUUUCAUUUUAUAUUAAGAAUGUCCACAUAGAUAAUCACAAUUAUAUUAAAAAUAUUAAAAAAGAAAAUUCCAAAUUCAAAUUUAAUAAUGAUAAUAAUAAAAAUAUUGAAAGAAAUGAAAAUAUAGAAUUAUUUAUGGUUCAUAUAAAUAGGUUUAGCGUUUAUUUAGAUAUGAGAAAACAACAAAUAAGUAAGAGUAAUAUUAAUUUAAAUAAAAUAAAAUACAAAUUUUUUUUUUAUUACAAUAUAAACUUUUUUCAUAAAAGAAAAUGUUUGAUAGAAGAUUCAAAUGCUAGUUGCAUUAUAUCAAAAGAUAAUAACAAAAAUAAAAAAUAUAUCAUCAAUUUUUCUCUACCAUAUAUUAAUUUUAACCUUUUAAAUGAUAACUUGUAUAUAUUGUACUUAUUUUUUUAUAAAUAUUUAUAUAUAUUUCAAUUAAACAAGGAAUAUAGAAGAAAAAAUAAAUACUUGAAUUUAAAAGAAAAAAAAAUUAAUGCAAUUAAUAAAAAUGCAUAUUCGAAAUAUUCUUCAUAUAAUAAUAAUUUUGGAUUUGAAAAAAAAAAAAAAUUUAUGUAUGUAAAUAAAAAAGGAUACACAAAUAAUAACAAAAAGGAAUUAUUGGAAAAAUAUAAAAAAAUAAAUAAUAAUAACAUUAAUAAUAAGACAAAUAAUGAAAAGGAUAAUGAAAAAGAUAAUAAAAUAAAUAAUAGGAAUUCUAGAAAAAAAAGAAAAAAAAGUUAUGACAAUUAUAUACGAAGGUAUUUUGAAUUUAAUGUAAAUAUAAAAAAAUUAAAAUUAAGUUAUAUAUAUACCUAUUCAGAUUAUUUUUUUUGUUCUUAUAAAAAUAUAAACACUUCUUUUUUUAUUAAAGAAGAGAGGUUAAAAAAUAAAAAAAGGGAAGGAGAAACAUGUUACACCUUAAAUGAUUUUAUAUUUUUAGUUGAUAAAUUUUUUAUGAUGGAAUCUUAUUCUCAAUCGUGUUUGUGUAUAGACAAAAGGAAAUACGAGUUGCUCAGUUUUUGUAAAAAAGGUUCUAUUUUAAAAAAAGUUGAAUAUAAUGUAGAUUAUGAAUAUUCUUUAUUAAAACAUAAUAAUGUAUUAAGUAAAAUCAAUAAAAAAAAUUAUAUUAAUCAAGAGAAAAAUAAUAAUUAUUGUUUAUUUAUACGUUAUAAUAAUAAAAAAAAUAUAAAAAAAAAUAUUUCUAUAAAUAUUCAAAGUGUUUAUUUUAUAAUUGAGAAAAUACAAAACUUUUAUUCAUUAAUUAAAAAAUUAUUUGAACAAGAUUUUUAUAUAUUUAAAAAUUUAAUUAAUAAUGGAAGAAAUAAUGAUAAAAACAAUAAGAAAAAUAUGUCUCCUAUUAUUAAUUUUAAUAUAUAUUUCAAUAACAUUAAAGUAAAAUUGAAAAGAUUUGAUAAAUCAUUCUUUAUUUGUUUAGAUGAUGUUAUUUUUUUUUAUACAAAUGAAAAUAUUAAUAUAAAAAAGGUAGGUAUAGCUAGAAAUUUGCUUUCUUCUAACUUUUCUUUUUUAAAACAAAUGAAGAAGAAAUGGAUAUCUUACAAAAAUAACGUUAAUAUAUAUUAUAAAGUUACCAAUAUAUAUUCUUUUAUACAAUAUGGUAAAUUUUCUCAUAUUUUGGUUUUUCCUUUUUCUUUAUUUUUUUCUCUUGAUAAGUUAAAAUCAUAUAAAAUAAGAAUAGAUAUCCUAUCUUUGGUUGUUGAAUUAAAUAGUUUUAUUUUAAAAAUUUUAAGAGUUAUACUUUUUAAUGAAGAAGAUUUUCUAUUAGAUAAUUAUAACAACUAUGAUAAAGAAGCAAAAACUACUUUUUUAUCAACAAAAGAAGAUGAAGCUAUAUUAAAUUAUCCUGAAAAUGAAAAAUAUUUAAAAAUUUUAUAUGAUUAUAAAAAAGAAGAAAUAAUAAUACAGAAUGAACUGAAUUUAUUAUUUGGCGCUUUAGAAAUAUUUUUUGAUCACAAUGAAAUAAUUAACAGAAAUUUUGAAGAAGAAUUAAAUAAUUUAUCUUUUUGUCUCACAUAUAUUUUGAAAAUAUUUAACAAUGCAAAAAUAAGAUUUUCUUGUAAUAGUAUGAAUUUGUAUUUUUUUUGUUAUAACAAUUUUUUAUAUGAGAAAAAAAAAAAAAAAAAAAAAAAAAAAAAAUUUUUGAAUAUUCUAAGUUUUACUAAUUAUAAAAAUGAUACAAUAAGAAAACAUAAUGAUUAUAGAAUAGAUGUGUUUUAUUUUAAAUUAAAAUUAGAAAAUAUUUAUUUCAAUUUUUUUGUGAAUAAUAGUGAUUUAAAUGAUUCAAAUUCUUUCCUUAUUUUUAAGAAAUUGUAUAUAAGGAACAUUUUUUUAUUUUUUGAUUUUCAUUUUAAACCUAUUUCUUUAUAUUUUGUUUUAUUUGAAGGAUUGAAAUUAUAUAAAUUAGUUGAUCAAGAAGAUGAAAAGAAAAUUAUAAAAUUAAAAUAUGAUUCAGAAUCAAUUAAAGAUAAGAAAUGCAUAAAUAACAUUACUAAUAAAAAAAAAUAUGCACUUAUUAUAAAACAAAAGUGUCAAUUAAUAUAUACUAAAAAAACAUAUAAAUAUGAAAUAAAAAAUAACCAUAUGUUUAUAAUAUAUAUUGAUAAAUUAAAUAUAUAUAUUUUUGAUUUUUUUGUUAAUCUAUUAUACUAUUUUUACUAUAAUUCAAAAUUAACAAAAGAAGUAAGAAAAAGUAAAAAAAAAAUCACUUCUAAUAAUGUUACUGUUAAUAUAAAUAAUUUGGAUACAUAUUCAUUAUCAAAAAAAAUGAUAAAAUUAAUUAAGGAUAUAAAAACAUUUUAUCAUAUAAUAAUAAAAAAUGUAUAUAAGUACAAAUUUUAUUUUAUCAUGAAAAUGAUAAGCUUUUAUUUUAUUUUUCAUGAUAAUAUUGAAGAAUGUGAAGAUAAUUACACUUCAGAUCUCUUUAAUAAACAUUUCAAAUUUAAAUUAGAAUAUAUUAUUAUGAAAGGGAAAAAUAAUUUAGUAAAAAUAACUAAAAAAAGAUUGCAUAAAUUACCAGAUAAAAAAAGAGAAGAAAGAAAUACAAAUAUCAACAACUUAGAUAUGAAUGAAAAGAAUAAAGAAGAUUCAUCAAAUUUUAAAAUUGAAAGUAAAGAAAAAACAGAAUGUUAUAAUUUAAAAAAUGUUAAUCCAAACAUAAAAAAUUACUCAUAUAUUUCUAAAUUUUAUUUAAAUGUCUUUUUUAAUUAUUUGUCAAUUAGUAGAUAUGAAAUUAAAAAUAAAAUAAAUAGAAAAAACACAUAUUCUUUAAAUAAAUUCAAAUAUCAUAAAAGUUUACAAAGUAAUAAUAAUUCAGAUAGCAAGAAAACUAUAUUUAAGUUAAAUAAUAAAUAUACAAAUAAAUGUGAUAUUGAUAUAAAGGAGAAUAAUAAAAAAUGUAAUUAUAUUGUGUAUAAAAAAAAGAACAAUUAUAAAAAGAAAGAAGUGAUACUAAUGAAAAUAGAAAAAACAAAUAUAAUUAUUUGUGAUAUAUAUAAUAUGUUAUUCCAUUUAGAUUCUCGCAAAAUUAAAAUAUUCAGUUAUAUAAAUUUUAUAUAUUCUUUAAAUUAUUAUAUGAAAUUGUUAUUAAAAACAUUUCAUUGUGAUUUUUUUAAAAAAAAAUUUAUAUUCAGUGAAGUUAUUAAAGCAGAUUAUGAAAUUGAUAAAAUCAUAAAUUUUAUAAAAGAUAAGAAAAAAUAUUCAUAUAAAAUAUGUAAAAAAAGAAAUUAUGAAAGUAAGUUAAGUUAUAAUAGAUGGAGUAAUAUUUUUUCUCAUGUUUAUAAUAUUAAAAAAAUAUAUAUUAAUUUAAAUAGUAUAUAUUGGAAUCUUAUAUUAUCAGAUACAAGAAAAAAUAAAAAAAAAGAAAUGCUAUUUCUAAAUGUUAAAAAUUUAAGAUUUACUUUAUUGAGAGAUAUUACUAUAGUAGACAAAAAAAUGGUUCAGUUAAUUUACUCUUUUUACAACCAAAUUUUUUAUAUUAACCUAUAUAUAAAAAGUAAAAAAGAUAAAAAUAAAUUUCUUAUAUUUCACUCAAACUGUAUUAAUUUUUACAAUCAGAUAAAAUCUAAUGUACAUAUAAGUAUGCUUAAAAUUAAUUUAAAUAAUUUUGUUAAAAAAAACAAAAAAAAAUCGAAUAUAUUAAGAAAAAAUUCAUUAUUAAAUCUAAAAAUUUAUUGUCUACAUAAAUCCUAUGAUUACAAAAAAAAGAUUAACUUUUUUUUUAAAAUACUAAAUAAUUUAAAAAAAAAGGUAUAUUAUAUAAAUCAUGUUCUUCCUGUAUUAAAAGAAAAGGAAUCUUGUAAUAAAUUCAAUGUAAAAACAGUAAUAAAAUCAUAUAAUAAUAGAAAUGAAAAAACAAGUAAAAAUAAUUCAAGUUUUUAUAUUUUUAUAAAUGAGAAAAACAUUGCAUCAUUAAUGGAUUUUUAUGGUAACAUAAUGAAAUUAAAGAAUGAAAUAAAAAUAAUUUGGAAUAAUUACAAUAAUAAUAAAAAUAAAAAAAAAAAUAAGAGGAAUGUUAAUAAAAAUUUAAAAAAUAGUAUAUAUAGAUUAAAUAAAAAUAAUAUUAAAAUAAAAUCUAACUUAGAAAAAUUAAAAAAAAAGAAUAGAAAAAAAAUUAUUUUUAAAUUAAAUUCUUAUUUACAAGAUAAACCAUUUUACAAACAUAUUCAAUUGUAUAAUAAGACAUAUGAUAAUAAAUUUAAUAAAAUUUUAAAUAUGUUAGUAAAUUCUUUUAAUUCAAUCAAAUUUAAAAUAAAAAAUGUUUUCCUAUUCUUUUAUACAAAAAAUAUGAGUGUAUUUAUAGGUGCUUUUAUAAAAAAUUUAAAUGGUACAUUAAUUAAAAAUGAAUUUAUAAAAACAUAUAACAUGACUUCAUAUAAUUUAAAAUAUAUUCAUGAAUUGAAAGAAGCGAUUGUAUUUAGUAGUAAUAGUUAUUUUAACUAUAAAAAAAAUUUAUAUAUUUUUGAAAUAUAUAAUAGUUUAACAAAGAAAAAUAGUUUAAUUUAUUUAAACCCUUUAUUUUAUUUUUUUAAAAAACAAAAUAUAAAUUUACAUUUUUCAAAUUUAAAAAAAAGAAUAAAGAAUAUCUCUACUAUUAGUUUCAAGAUAAAUUCAAAUGAUAAACAAACGAAUUAUAAUCAAAAAAAGUUAUUAUAUAAACAAGAUAAUAUAAAAAAGUUUAAACAUAUUCAAAAAAAAAGUAAUCGUUUUUUAAAUAGAAAAAAAAAGGAUGAUAAAAAUAGAUAUAAUACUUCUGAUAUUAACUUUAUACGUCUUUUUAAUAGUAAGAAUACUAGUAGUAAUAUUUUUAAAAGUUUAUUAAAAGAUAAUAAGCAGCUAUGCAGAGAAUAUUGUAAAUAUAUAAAAUAUAAUGAAAUUGGCUUUGUUAAAAUGAAAAAUAGAAUAUUUUUAAAAAAAAUUUAUAAUUUCUUAGAGAAAAAUAUUAUAUUUCGUAAAUUAAAUUAUAUAUCAAAAAUGAAGGAAGCAUAUAAGGAAAGAAACUUAAAUAAAGGAAAAUUAUAUAUAAACAUUAAAUAUGUUAUAAAAAAAGAAAAAGAUCCUUUUUUAAGUAUAUUAUUAAAACAUAUUUACAAAAAUAUUUUUAUAUAUAUUCCAUUAAAUACAAUGGUUGAUUUAAAUAAAAUAUUAAGCUCUUCAAAAAGUUGGAAAUUCAUAUAUGCACCACCAUGUAAUAUACAAAAUAAAAAAAAACACUUUUUAAAAAAAAAAAAAAACAAACUUUUUGUUUUUUAUCAUUUUAAAAUUCUUUUCAUCAACACUAAUUUUCAUAUAUUAUCUCCUUCAACCUACUUAAUGAAUAAUAUAAAUGAAAAUGGAUUAAAUACAAAUGAAAUGAAUAUAAUAGAAAAUGUAAAAAAAUAUAAAAAAAAUUAUUAUAAUCACGAUGAUAUGAAUAAAUUAAAAUGUAAUUCAAUAAAUGACAACAAACAAUGUGCAAAUAAAAUUUCUUCUAAUGGAAUUAAUAAAAAGAAAUAUAUAUAUUUAAAUGAAGUUAAAAAAAAAUAUUAUGGUACAUAUACUGCAGAUAAUGAGAGAGAAAUAGAGAAAAAUAAUUUAUAUUUAUUAAAAAAAAAAAAAGUUCAACAUAAAAAUGAAAAAGAGAGAAUAUUUUUAUUUGAUUUUAUAAUAAGCACUAACAUGAAAAUUGAUGUAGAAAAAAAAAUUAAAAUAAAAAAAUUAUUGAAAUUUCAUGAUGGAAAAGAAGGAAAAAAAAAAAAAAUGUAUAUCUAUAUGAAUAAAAUAAAUUUUAAUACAUCAUUAAAACAGUUAAAAAUUAAGUGUGGUAUACUUUACAUUUGUUUAAAUUUACAUUAUAUAAUAAAUAUUAUUAGAUUAGAAAAGAUUGUAAAUAUUUCAAACAUAUAUAAAAAUUCAAAGUUUUAUUUAAAUUUAGUAAAUAUUCAUAAAUUUCAAUUAUUAAGAGAUAAUAUCCAAUUAAAAAAGUUUAGUGAAAAAAGGAAAAAUAAAAUAAAUUUUAUUUUCUUAAAAGAAUAUUGUAUAUAUAAUAUUAGCGAAAUAGUAAACAUAUUAUUUUUUUUUAAUAUAAUUAAUUAUGAAUUAAAUAAAGAUGAUUAUAUAUAUUAUAGGUUAAGUAAAAGAAAUGAUAAAUAUAUUCUACAGAAUAAUCAUAACUGUUUCCCAUUUAAAGAAAAAUAUUUAUCUGAAGAUGAAAAAAGUUUAAUUAACAAAAAUAGUUUUUUUAGAAACUUAUAUUUAAAUAAUGUAAAAACAAGUAAUGGUAGUUAUAGUAGUAUAUGUAAUUAUAACAGCAACUAUGGGAACAAAAAUGAAAAUAACGAUAAUAACAACAAUAGGAAUUUCUACAAUAAUAAUAAUAGAAAUAAUAUAAAUUUUAAUAACAAUAACUACAACAAUAUUGAUAAUAAUAGUUAUUAUAAAAGGUGUGACAAUAGGAAUUAUAAUAAUGAAAUUUAUAAACUUGAAAAAGAAGUAAGUAUAUUGAAAAUGAGAAAUCAAAUUAAGAGAAGAGAAAAAGAAAAAAAUAAACAUUAUAAUAAAAUAUUAAUAAAUAAAAACUAUAUUAAUAUAAUUAUAAGCAAUUUGUUUGUUUGCAUUAAUAAUAAUGAUUUACUAAUUUUGAAGUUUUUUAUAAACGAUUUAAAUUACAUAAAAAAAAAGUUAAAAACAAAUAAAAUAUGCUCUUGUAAAUAUAAAUAUGAUAACGUAAUAAUAUCCUCAAAGUUUAAGAAAAACGUAAAAGAAUUGAAAAAUGAGAAACAAAAAACAUUAGAUAAAAAAAUUAUAACAAAGAAUAAAAUUAAUAUUACUAUAGAUAUAUUAAAAAUUUUUUUUAUUACAAAAGUUUAUCUUCAUGAAAUUUUUUCUAUAAACAGUUUUAACAAUAAUUUUAGAAUAGAUAAUUCCAUUAUAAAUAAUAAAAUAAAAAAAUUCAUAAUUUUUUUAAUUUUUAAACAAAUUAAUAUACAGUCAAUAGAUAUUUUGGACAUUAGUAAUUUUAUUUAUAAUAAAUCAAAAAAAACGCAAUUUAUAGAAUCUUUUGAUUUUUCUUCUUAUUAUUCUUCAAGUAAAAAAAAUAAGUUUUUUAUUUAUAUAAAAGAUGAUAUAAAUGUUAAUUUAAGUAAAAACAUAAUUAAUUUUUUUUUUUUAUUUAAAUACAAUUUCUUUCAUAAUUAUUUUAUAUAUAAUGAAUAUAAUGUCGUCAACCAGUUAAAUAAUCAAAAAAUUCAUAAAUUGAAAGAUUUCAGAAAUAUUAUAUCAUACCAACAGUCAUUUUUAAGAGAAUAUAUAAUAAUUAGAAAUUUUACCAUUUAUAAUAUUAUAUAUGAAUAUGAAGACAAUAUUGGUUAUAUUAAGAAAAAUGAAGAAAACUUAAUUAUUUGCAAAAACUUAUUUUUAUUAAAUAUAUAUAGUGUUGAAGAUUCUAACUUAAGAAGAAAAGUUUUUAUAAAAAAUAAAAAUAAUAAUAAAAAUUAUAAUAAAAUUAAUGAAAAGAAUUACUUUUAUGUUGAUAUUAAUAUUCAUGAAAAUAAAAAAUGUAUAAAUAUUUAUCCUUAUUUCUUUAUUAGUAUUAUUUAUAGUAAAUAUAAUAAGAAAAUAUUAACUAAUAGUAAUUUAGAAUCAAGAAAAAAUGCUUUUAACAUAAAAUUAAAAUUUAUUAAGAAUAAUACUGUUAAUACACUUUUAAUAAAAGAUGAAAAAAUGCUAUUUAGUUUUCCAUUUCAUUUUAUAAAAAAUUGUAAAUUUUUUCAAAUUAUUCUGAAAAUAAAUAAUAAGGUAUAUACAAGUAAUAAAAUUAAAUAUAAUAAUAUAUUGAAAUUGAAUAAAUAUGAAUUAAAGGAUAUUUAUGAUAAAAAACAUAUUCUUUUUUGUUCAUUUUUUUAUUUAAUUAAAAAGAUGAAGAAAUUAAAAAUCAAUAAAAAUAAUGAAUCAAACAGUUCAUUUAAAUUAAAUUAUAAUAUUACACAAAACAUAACAAAAAAAGAUUACGAAUAUAAUGAAUAUGACAACAAUAAUAAAACAUACGAGAUAUGUAUGUAUGAUGAUAAUGAAGAAUUUAAUGAAAACAUUAUAGAUAAACAUGAAAAUAAUAAGAAAAAUACUUUAGAAUAUAUAGAAAAAAAAAAAUAUUCUAAGGUUUUUAGCAUUUUUAAUAUAACUAAAAAAAAUGUAAAUAUUUUAUCAAUACAAAGCUCUAUUAGAAUUAUUAAUUUAUCUCCAUUUGAUAUAAGCGUUUUACUAAAAAAAGAAAAAGGGAAAAUAAAGACAUACAACAUAAAAAAUUUUGAUUAUGUAAAUAUUUAUGAUUUUUGCUUUUUAAAGAAUAUUAUUUUAAAUUUUAGUCUAUCACCUUACAGACAGUGGAUAAAAUUUAUAAAAGUGAACAAUGAAGAAUAUUUUAUUGAAAAAAAUAUAAAGGGGAAUUGUAGUUAUAAUACAGAAAAUGAUGAUAAUAACACGAAAAUAAUAUUUUAUGAACUCAUAAAGUUUAAAAAUUUCUAUUUUAUUAUAUAUAUUUAUUUUUUUGAAAAUUCUUAUAACAUAACAUUUUUAAGUAAGUAUAAUGUAUACAAUUAUACAAAAAAUAUUUUGCAUUAUUAUAUAAUUAAUGAAGAGAAAAAUAAUAUAAAUGACUUAAAAUUUGAGUGUGAAGUAAAGAAACAUACAUUAAAAGAAAAAUAUACUAAUUACAAAGAAAAUUUAUUUAUUCUACAGCCACUUUUAGAUAAUAAAAUUACUUUUGUGAACGAUUUUGUUGAAAUAAAUAAAAAAAAAAAUUAUAAGGAAGAAAAGGAAAAUAUGAAAUACAUUAAAAAUUAUUGCUUUAAUCACAGAUUUAGUUUAAACCAUAUAAAGUCAACAAAUACUGACUCAAUUUUAUAUGAUACUAAUAAAUCAUAUGCAAAAGUUAUAUUAUUGAAUGAUGAAUAUAUAACUAUAAAUAUUAAAACUUUCAAUUUUCAUACAUUUACUCUGUCUUUUAUCUAUUUUUAUCCUUACAUUAUUUUAGUUAACUUAACAAAAUAUGAUUUUGAUAUAAAAAUGAAAAAUUAUGAUGUAUUAGAAAAAAUUUAUCAGGAUAACAAAAAAAAAAAAGAAAAAAAAAAUUUCGAAUGUGAAGGAAACCAUUACUAUGAUACUUAUGAAACUAAUGAAAGUGAAUUGUUAAAUUUUAGUGAAUGUACACAAUUUUCUUUAUCUAAUGAAGAAGAGAUAUUUAAAAACAGUGAAAAGAAUGUAACAAAAGUAAAUAAAUACAAAAAAAAUAAUAAAAUAAUUAAUUUUUAUGAUGAAUUUAAAUUAAAUAAUAAUGAAGAUAAUUUAAAUAUUUUAAGAAGUAUGCAUAUGCAAGAGUUAAAAAUAAAAAAUAAAAGCACGUGGGAUUUUUUAAGUUUGAAAAUAAAAAAAAAAGAAAGAGAAAAGGAAAAGGAAAAGGAAAAAGAAAAAGAACAAAAAGAAAAAACAAUAAUUAAUUUUGAAUCUGCAAUGGAAAUAUUGAAAAAAAAUCCUAGUUAUAAAACAAAUAGAACAAUUUAUAAAAAAAAAAAUAUUAGAUGCAAAUAUAUGAAAAUACAUAAAAAUAUGAGAAAAUAUUUUUAUUUACACAAAUGCAUUGAAAUUACUACAAAAAAUAAUAAAAAUUUAACAAUUAUUAAGCAAAGGUUAUUUUAUAUUUCCUCUUUAAAAAAAGAAAAAACUCAUUAUAUAUUUAUUAAGGAAAUUCCUUUUUUAACUGAUUUUAUUUAUUCUCACCAAUAUGAAAAAAAUAUUUUAUCAAUUGAAAAUAUUUCAAAAAAUAAUCUGAAUGAUGUUAAGGAAAAAAUUUCAUUAAAUGCAUGUAUCAAACAAAACGUUAAUAUAGAAAAAGAAAAGGAAGGUAAUAUUAAAAAAAAAAAAAUUAUAAGGAAUAAAAAAAAUAAUGAUACAUAUUGCGAUAUGACAAGUAAAAAUAACAUAUUCAAAACGAAAUAUAAAAAUAAAACUUCAAAUAAAAUAAAAAAAAAAAACAAAAAUAAGAAGAAUGAACAAUUAUGUGUAGAAAAAUAUGAACAUGUGUUAGACACACAUAAUUCAUUAAAAAAAAUGAGUAAAGGUUUACACUUUUUUAUUAACAAUCAUAUUUUUUAUGAUAUUUUAAAUAAAUAUAAAGAGUUAAUUAACAAAGAAACUACUAAAAAAGGAAAGGUUUUUAUUUUUAAUAAUUUAGGAAUUCCCUUGUUUGUCAGCUCAGAAAAAAGUAAUUACCUUUUUUUUAUUAACACGAAAUAUGUUUAUUUUAAAGAAAAGAAACAUUUUUAUUUUUAUUUUCCAAAGUUUAUUUUCAUAAAUAGGAAAUUGAAAUUAUUAUUUAAGGUGAAUGAUAGAAUACACAAAUAUUAUUCAAUUAGAAAUUAUAUUCAUUUAGUUAAAAAUAAAGAAAUUCUUAAAAAUUUUCAUAUCAUGAAAAUAUGUUUAAUUUACAAUUUUGUGUCUUCAUUUUAUUUUUAUUCUUUUGUAUUAAAAAAAAAAAAAAUGAUAAACAAUACAAAUUUAAAAAAAAAAGUAGAUUUAAAUCUUACUGAGAAGAAUGUUUCAUCUCAUAAUACGGAAGAAACUGAAAAUAAUACAUUUGAUAAAAAAUAUGAAAUAAUAUAUUAUGAACUUUAUUUGGUAAAAUUUCAUUGUGAUAUUAUUUUAAAUAAAAAUAAUGAAAUUAAUAUAAUUAUCAAUGGAUUAAAAGAAUUUAGUUUUUUAAAAAAUAUCUUAUCAUUUGAUUAUUUUUUUCACUUUUUAAGAAAUGAAAACAUGGUAAAUGGAUUAAAAAAUUCAUCCGAAAAUGUAUUAUACAGCAAAAAAAAAAUACCUAAUGUUAUUUAUACAAAUAAUUUAUAUGGGUUAUGUAAAAAUGAUUUAAUGAAUAUUAAAAUUUAUAUUAAAAGUUUAAAUAUAUUAUUUAAUUUCGAAGGUAUUUCUUCUAAUUCAGGUGUUAUGGAAAGUAUUCAACAAAAAAUUAAUUUAAGCAACAUAUAUUUAAAUUUCUACACAUUUCAAUAUUUCAAUAAUAAAACUUUAAUAAAUAAAAAGAGGUGCAUACAAUUUUAUGAACAAAGUUGUGUGAAGAAAAAAUCUUAUAUCAAACAUAUAGUUCCCUCAAUAAAAAAAAAUAAAAAGAGAAAGGAAUCAUUUUUUAUGCAUAAUAUGAAAUAUCUCAAAAAGAAAAGAAAACAUAUAAUAAAGGAUGAUACAAAUAAUAAUCAAAUUAAUUUGAAAAACUCAGAAUUAAAUUUUUCUCCUUAUAGUAUCUUAAAUAGAUCUAAUAAUUAUUUAGAUAAUGAAUUAUUAAAUAAACAGAAUAACAAUAAUUUAAUCAGUGAAUGCAAUAAAAAAUUUUUAUCAAAAAAUGCCAUUCAUAAUUUAUAUUUUUUCUAUAAAAAUAACAUCUACUGUCAUUAUUAUUCAUAUAUAUUUACAGGAUAUAUAAAGAAUAUUAAAUUAUAUCAGCAUUUAUUUAAUCUAUUGAGAAGUAAAAUACUAAGUGUUUGUAUAAAUUAUUCGGAUUUUUACAAAAAAAUUUCUAUACUAAUAGAUAAUAUGAGUAUAACAAAAAUCAAUCUAUAUGAUAAGAAGGAAUUUGAAUAUAAAUAUACUAUUUUAACUAAACAUAACAACCAAAAUGAUUUCAUAAAUAUUAAUAUUGAUUUGUAUAAACAAAGAAUUAUGAAAUACAAGCAUAUAUAUAAUACAUUAAAUAUUCUUCACACAUGUACUCAUAUAAAUAAAAUUACAAAAAGAAAAGAAAAAAUGAUAAAUAAUCAUAAAAAUAUCACUAAUGAAAAAAAAAGUAAAAAAGACACAUUUUUUGAAAGUAAUAAUAUAUAUGUUAAUUCGAAUAACUUUUCAAGAAAUUAUGAAAAUGCUAUAUUAUAUAAUGCCUAUUAUUUUUAUAAAAAAAAAAAAAGUAACUUAAAUAAUAAUUAUAUUAAUGAUAUAAAUGAUCUAAAAAAUUACAAAAUUAAUAAUCUUGUAAAUUUCAUAGAAAAUAUUAAAAUUAAAAAAUCUCAAAAACAAAAAAAAGAAAUUAUAAAAAACCUAUCUAUAGAUAUAGCCAGUUUAAUACUAACUUUAGAUUAUAAUUAUUUUAUUAAUGUAAUCCCCUUUUUCUAUGACUACUUUUGUAAAAAAUUAAAUUAUUAUAAUAUAAUGAAUAAUUUAAAAUUUCAAGAAAAAAGAAAUUUAAAUAUAUAUUAUGAUUUACUUAAAAUUGUAGAAAAAAAUAAAUAUGAAGAAAUUAAAAAUUUAAAGAUUCUGGAGAACUAUAGUUUAACAAAAAACUUAACAGUAAAUACGCAAAUCAAAGAAGAUAAAUUCUUAUUGUAUAUAUAUGAUAUUGACAUAAAGAAAACAAAAAUAUAUAUAAAUGUAAAUUACUUAUUAAAAUUAUUUUUAACAAAAAAUUUUUUAAUGAAUAUAUCAUCUAUCAAAAUUAAUAAUAAAAAAAAAAAAAAUAUAGAGCAUAUAUUAAAAAAGAUAAAAAAAAUCUAUUUUUAUAAUUAUAUUGAUAUAUUUUUCUAUUUACUCAAAAACUUAAAUAUAUCAGAAAAUACUUCUUAUACAAUGCAUAAUUUUUUAAGCUUACUAGAAAAGUUUCUUAAAAAUAAUUUGCAACUUUCACCACUGCAUAAUUUAUAUAGUUUUGUAGUAACACUAAAAUAUAAAUGUGAACAUAAACUUGAUAACAAAAAUAAAGCAAAGAUAAACAAAGAUAAUUAUUCUAUAAAUAAAAAUAUCAGUAAUUUUUUUAGCACAGAAAACAAUGCUCUUUUAUUUUCCUCUGAGUUUUAUUCUGAUGGAAAAGAUAAAAAUAAAUAUUUAAAAAAUUUUUUUUCAUUAAAUUAUUCAAAUUUUUUUUCCAAACAGUUAUUUAUUAAUUCAGAUAUAAAAACAAAUGAAGAAAAGGAGAAAUAUGAAUAUAAUGUUAUGAAGCAAAUAAUAGACAUAAAUAAAAAUAGUAAACUAGCUAAAUAUAUGAAUAAUAAAUUAGAUAAUAAAAGCAUUUCUGAUGAAACCAUUUAUAGUAAAAAUGUUUUGAAAAAAAAUCAAGAGAAAUUAGAAAAUGACAAAAUACUGAAUAAUCAAAAGAAUAUAAAAAAUGAUAAAAAAGGAGUAAAUUUAUUAAAGAAGUAUAAAAAAAAGAAAAAAUCAAAAAAAAAAAAAAGUCAAAAAAGUGAUAUUUCAAAAAUAACGCGUAUAUCUUUUACGCAUAAUCUGAAUAUAACAAAAUAA